UAGCUUCCGCCUGUUCAUGGCCUCUCCAGAGGAGCUCACAAACAGAGGCAACUAUGCUAACAGGAAAGCUAUCUGCAUGAAUAACAGAAAAAAAAAGGAGACCUCCUGGUGUGGACCCAGAAAGAGAGAUUUUCACAGCAAGAAAUAACAAAUGGCAGAAAAGGAAAAGCUGAGAAGUUUUCAGUUCGAACAAAAAAGCUGGCGGUACUUCGUAUAGAUGAAUCCGCAGGUGUCAUCAAGAGAACCAUCUCUGGGCCCAAAGCACAGAAAUACAACCCCAGAGUACACAUGGGAAGUGAGGGCAAACAACAGAGGAUUCCGAAGUUCGUUUAAUAGGAGGUUUCUCUACUUGAGAAGAAGGGGCUAUUCUAAUAACACAAUUAAAACAUGCAAAUACAACAUCUUGACCUUCCUGCCUCUAAACCUGUUUGAACAAUUCCAGAGAGCUGCCAACUUCUAUUUUCUCCUCAUUGUCAUUCUGCAGAGUGUGCCAGCCAUCUCUACUCUUCCAUGGUACACGACAAUGCUUCCCCUGUUGACUGUGUUGUUUGUAAGGGCUGCCAAAGACAUCUCUGAUGACUUGGCACGCCGCAGAAGUGACAGAGAAAUCAACACCAGGCCUUGUGAUAUCCUCCAAGGAGGAAGCUUUAAGGCUGAACAAUGGAGACAUAUCCAUGUAGGAGAUAUCGUACGCAUAAGAAAAGACCAAAUUAUUCCGGCUGAUCUCCUGCUGCUGGCGAGUACUGAACCACACAGUCUUUGUUAUGUUGAAACUGCCGACAUAGAUGGAGAAACUAAUCUGAAGUACCGUCAGGCUCUGCAAUGCACUCAUUCCAGGCUCCACACUGAGGACCAGUUAUCAGACUUCGAUGGUUUGGUGACCUGUGAAGAGCCCAACAGUCUGCUGCACUCCUUUUCUGGGACUCUACACUGGAAGGGGGAACAGUACCCCUUGAGCAAUGACCGCAUUCUCCUACGUGGAUUCCGACUCCGCAAUACACAUACUUGCUAUGGCCUGGUCUUAUUUGCAGGCCCAGAUUGCAAAAUUAUGCGUAACUGUGGCCUCUUUACUGUGAAGAAGACCCAGAUUGAAAUCCUGUUGAACCGCAUCGUCAUACUGAUACUAACAUUCUUGGCAGUUACAGCCACACUCUUGGCUGUAGGCUGUGGUGUAUGGGAUGCUCAGAAGGGCAGAAAAAUUGAGUACAUUACUGCAACUUCCCGUGGAGAUUCGUCUCUUUACAUGGGCUUCCUGACAUUUUGGGGUUACAUCAUCAUUUUAAGCCCAGUUAUGCCAAUGUCUCUGUACAUCACUUUUGAGUUGAUCCACGUGGUGCACAGUCUUUUCAUAGACUGGGAUCUUGACAUGUACUUCAUUGAGAAGGACACCCCUGCCCGGGCACGGAGCACUGCCCUCAAUGAACAGCUUGGCCAAAUUGAAUUCCUCUUCUCUGACAAGACAGGAACCCUCACACAGAAUAUCCUGACAUUCAAGAAGUGUUGUGUCUCGGGUGUAAUUUAUGGAAAUAAACAAAUCUACAGUGAAACCACUCAGCCCAUUGACCUUCAAUGGAAUCCUUUUGCUGAUGGAAAGCUGAAUUUCAGUGACCAGGUGCUUGUAGACAGGCUAAGGAGUGGGGAAAACAGAAGUCUUACUGAGUUCUUUCAAGUACUGGCUGUUUGUCACACGGUCAUGGCAGAGGAAGUUGACGGAGAUCUGCGAUACCAAGCUGCAUCACCAGAUGAAGAAGCUCUGGUAACAGCAGCCCGGAAUUUUGGCUUUGUUUUUAUGUCCAGAACCCAGGACUCGGUGACAGUCAGUGAACUUGGCAAAAUUCAUACAUAUGAUCUACUGGCCAUCUUAGAUUUUAGUAGCCAGAGGCGCAGAAUGUCUGUCCUUGUGCGUGAACCCAGUGGCAAAAUAAAGCUUUUCUGCAAAGGUGCUGAUAUUGUCAUUUUUGAAAGGCUAGAAACCAAGUGUUUAUAUUUGGAUGCCACAGAAAAAGCUCUGGAGGAAUUUGCAAAGGACAGUCUACGCACAUUAUGUUUGGCCAGCAAGAAUGUCCCAGAGGAGUUCUAUCAGAGCUGGAGUAAGGAGUUCCUCAGUGCUACAAUGGCAAUGCAGAACAAAGAAGCCAAGCUGGAAGCAGCUUAUGAAAAGAUGGAGCAAGAGCUGACUCUACUGGGGGCCACAGCAAUUGAAGACAAACUGCAGGAUGGGGUUCCUGACACCAUCCACAAUCUAAAAAACGGUGGAAUCAAGAUAUGGAUGCUCACAGGAGACAAGCAAGAGACAGCAGUGAACAUUGGAUACUCAUGCAAACUGCUGGACAACAACAUGGAAAUUCUGGAGGGUGCAACACUCAGGGACCUACUGUGGACCCCACAAAUAAAUAACAACACUUCUGGGUUAAAGAAUGAAGAGUUGUUGAACUCUCAUCUGAAGAAUAUGAAAGCAACUAGACAAGCUCUAGUCAUUACUGGACAAGACCUAGAUGAGAUCUUUCAGCAAGAUUCACAGAUAGCAUCCUGUACAAAACAAGCAGGGAUCCUUCAGCAGUUUGUUGAACUGGCUAGCAAAUGUGAAACGGUAAUCUGUUGUAGAGUAACCCCUCUUCAGAAAGCCAAUGUGGUGGAAGCAGUGAAGAGGCAUCAGAAAGCAAUCACCCUCGCCAUUGGAGAUGGAGCCAAUGAUGUCAAUAUGAUCAAGAGGGCACACAUUGGAAUUGGCAUCAGUGGGCAGGAGGGUCUCCAGGCAGUCCAGUGCAGUGAUUUUUCCUUGGCACAGUUCCAAUAUCUACAACGCCUUCUGCUGGUUCAUGGCCGGUGGUCCUAUCUGCGAGUCUGCAAGUUUCUCAACUACUUUCUCUUCAAGACCUUCUCUUUCAGUUUUGUUCACAUUUGGUUUUCCUUCUUCAAUGGCUUCACGUCACAGCCAACAUAUGAAAACUGGUUUAUCACACUGUACACUGUGAUGUAUACUUCACUACCUGUCCUAAGCAUGGCCUUGUUGGAUCAGGAUGUGAGCUGUCACACCAGCCUGAAGAAGCCAAUGCUCUACUGGAUUGGACAGAAACAGCAGCUGUUUAACCUCCGAGUGUUUGCAGUAACUGUGCUUCAAGCCUUGUUCACCUCCCUCGCACUCUUCUUCAUUCCUUAUGGUGCCUUCUACAACACUGCCUAUGACUUUCAGACCUUCUCUGUCACCGUGGGAACGUCCGCCGUGUUUACAGUCACUGCAGAGAUCAUUCAGAGGAUCACAUAUUGGACUCGUUUCAAUGUCCUGGCCGUCGUCCUUUGCCUUAUUCUGUAUUUCAUUAUGACUUUCAUAGUGCAAAGUGCUCAUUUGUACAGGGUGGCUCCACAAGACUUCUCCUUCCCAGGGGCUGCUUACAAUGCAUUUUCACAUCCGUACGUCUGGCUAACCAUUCUGCUCACUGUGGUCGUCAGCAUUUUACCUGCACUUACUGUGAGAGCCUUGAAAAAAGCACUGAGAAGCCCUGAUUUGCAUCGGGUGCAUACCUCAGAUAUACAGGUAUCUUACCUGAAUGAAGUGGAGUUCCGCCAGUUCAUCCAUGGUGUUCCUCCUCGUCGCCGUUCCUCUUAUGCUUUCUCACAGCAUCAUGGUUUUGGUGACCUUGUGACUACCAUGAACAGCAGAGAGACAAGGGCCUGCGAAGGAGUAAAGACAAUCCCUUCUCUCGGCUGAUCAGCAGCACUGAAAUUCCAGGACAAAAGCUGAGCAUCUUUCGUUGGAUCUCAAGGAACAGCAAAAGACCUCCAGAGGAGAGAAGUAUCAUCUUAGCACUUUGCUUUGUUUUCUAAUAAUCUUUUUUACAUUUAUAUGUUUUUGCACAAAAACAGAACCAACACAAUUUGCCUGAAAAUGUAAUAAUUUGGGAAAAAUGACAGGAGAUGAUAUGAAUAAAAUAUAUUAGAAGGACUUUAUACAAGUCAUGUUAAAUGUCUAGUUUAGGAAUUUAAAAAAAUCCUAUAUAGAAGUUUCAUACUGUAGGAUUGUUUAAAGCUAAGCAGUAAAACAUUCAUUAACAACAGACAGCAACCCCCUAUGGGGCUCAGGUGAUUCAGAUGUACACUCCAUUGAGUACACUUAGAUGAUUUGUAGGCAAUGCCAAAACAUAACGGAUACAGAAAAGGAAGCCGAAUAAUUCAUUAAAUGUCUCAUAGUCUUCACAACUGGUAUAACACUUACAGUGCAGAGUUAGCAGGUGCAAAUCACGAGAGGAAGAUAACAAACAAGUUGAGGUUAUUUUAUAAAAAUAAUUUGAGAAGCACAUACAUUUAUACAUUAUACCUACAUAUUCUAAAGUAUUUAGGUGUUUUUUUAUGACACAGUGUUCUCACGGUAGAACCAAUUUCAAAUUACAGCACAGUAAAUAUUGUAAACGACACAUCGAUUGAUGCCUUGCCCAAACUCUAAAAUGCAUUCAUGAAACCAAAAUGAGACUCAAGAAAAAAGAUAAAGUGGCACCCCAGCAACUAAAAUAAUAACUAAAGAGUAAAAGUGACGAGUGUGUAAUUGAAGUCAAAAGGGUAUUUGCUCAGAUGAGAAUGGGAUAUAAUUUCGGUUGACUUGAGAGGUUAAGCUUUGCCAAAUUAAUUAAAAUUAGUAGUAGGCGUCAGCAAACAAACCCUGUGUAAUCCAUUUAGCUAAAUAGUCAAAAUACUUAAAGAUAUCAGAGGUGACUUAAGGAACGUUUCUAACCAACCAGCCUUUAUUUUAAAUAGAACCCUUAACAGUGAACAACAUCCCAAGGCACUUUACAAGUACAGCUACAUUGCACAACUGUUUACACACAUCAUAUAAGAGGGAGAGGGAGAAGUUAGGAGGACGCGCUGAUACAGCACAUGACAAACCAACUCAGGAUGCCAGAUUAGGACCCAAGUGCAGCCAUGCAACAGGUGACA